GUGUACUCAGUGUACUGCAGAUGGCACAGAAAAAAUUAGUUAAACAAACCCUGACUUAUUUGUUGGGAGUGAGUGUACCAACAUCUAAACAAAAUGCUGCUAAAAUACGUAUACGUCGAUUAGAAUUUGAUAAUCACCUUAAAAUGCAUUUCCCAUCAUACGAAUUUGUUUACGCCCUUGAUUCUGAAAAACGUUGUAAAACCGGUGAUACAGUGUUGAUACAAAAUUUACCAGAGAAGAUAACGCGUCUCAUCUCUCAUAAGGUUAUUGAUGUCAUUUACCCAUUAGGUGAUAUUAAAGAUCCUAUAAGUGGUAAAAAAUGUGUUGUAGGAAAAUACAGGGAUACAAUAAAUGAAGAUGCUGAAUUAUUUGGAAAAUUAAAGAAUGCAUUUGAUUAUGACGAAGCAACACCAAGAGGAUCAACAGAAGGUGUAAGAGACUUUUCAAACAAAAAGACUUACGUCAAAUAUAAUGAUGAUUCAAAGAAUUCAGAUCCAUAUGCUGUAGAUCCUUCUUAG